AUGGCGGACAGCGAAAAGGCAAGCUCUAUAGUAAACGUUCAAAUUUCAACUUUCUGCAUCACAUUCUGACGUGUCUUUUAUUGUUUAAAGGAAGUGGACGAGCAGCUGAAGAGAUGCGGCAUAACAAAAGAUAAAGAUGUAUCGGAACUUUACUUGGCAAACAGGCAAGUUUUUGUGUCUUGUCCACAUGUAGUUCAGCUAGAAAAUUGCUAAAACUGUUGAAAGAUAGAGCUCCUUUACGCUGCACCUCACUUAACAAUAAGAGGUUAUGUUUCUUGUGUUUUAUGCAGAGGUCUCGAGGAGGUAAAAGACUUUGAGAAAUAUAGAAAUUUGCAAAUUGUGUGGUUGAAUGGAAAUAAGGUAAGCAGUGAUCGAAGGCUGUCACUUCAGAAGCUUCUUUAAUAAUUGUAGUAGGGUGGGUAAACAGUACAGUCCGGAAGGGACUUCGUUCCCAGGGUUCUCUUCAACUCAUCCCUUGCUCCGUAAGGACAAGUAGCCGAGCCGUAAGGACGAGUAGCCCUGGUUAGCUCAGUUGGGAGAGCGACGGUCUGCUGAGCAGGAGGUUGCGAGUUCAAACCCCAGCUGGACCAACACUCAGGGUCUUUGAAUAACUGAGAAGAAAGUGCUGCCUUUGUAAUGACAACUGCAAAUGGUUAGACUUUCCAGUCUUCUCGGAUAAGGAUGAAAAACCGUAGGUCCCAUCUUACAGCACUUACACUGAUCUGUUCUUGUGGGAUGUUAAAGAACCCACACUGUUCAAAAAGAGUACGGGACAUACUCUUGGAGUACAGUGCUACAUGUACCUCCCAUUGAUCCUUUUCAAGAGAUUAUAUGAAUAAUUUAUAGUGGGUAUCUGGAUAUCGUGGACAAUACCCACUGAUGCAUCAUUUUUUAGUUUUGACAUGAUAACAAAUGCAGGUGAAGUCAUUUUAUUUGAUUGAAGAAAAAGUUGAAUUAAUGAUUGUGUCUUGUUCAAUAAUGCAAAAUUAAAGUGACUCUCAAAUCCAAAAUUUUUCCAAAAUUGCAAAAUUUAAGUGUCGCAAAAUAUGCAAACCAUCAAAGCAUAAAAUUAAUGUGUUGCAAAAAUUUCAUAUAAUGAGUUAAUAAAAAUUUUCCUUUUGUGUCUUAACCCUGAUAAUUUAUUUUCCACUAAUUAGGGUCAGAGGAAAUCCAGAGUUAAACUACGCUGAAAAAUUUCAACCUUGAUUUAAUUUUGUCCUACAACAAUUUCAGACCAAGAAGUAAUUUCUUGUUUACCUCAUACUGGUUACAGGGUAAUAAUUAAGAGCGGAUGUCUGUAAAUAUCAACCAGAGGUUGGAAAAAUAAAAUUUUUGAAAAAUCCCCCGAAAAAUUAUGUAGACUACCCUGGGUAUUCUAGUUAUGAAAAUAUAAAUUUUAGUUUCAUUGGAUAAAUAUUUUGGCGAUACGGCGAAUGCCAAUUUCGGGUGAUUGACGGCCUCCUCCAUACCGCUUUUUCGGGCCUCUAGACCGGGCUACAAAAAGACCACAAUUUCAAUUGAAUUCAAGUAUCAUGCAACCCAAAAGCUUCUUAUCGUAUUAAACGGGUUUUAAUACACAUUUUGAGUGGUCAUGUUCUUGAAUUGAUUGCAACUGGAAUAUUUUAUGAAUUUUUAAAUAUUUACAAAAUUUUAAAGAUUUUACGGUAGCAAAAUAUUGUCAAAUUUCAAAGGCCUAAAAUCACAUCCGAUACAUAAUUUUAAACAGAAAAAGACAUUCCACAUUAAAAAGCAAUCUCUAAGCUUUCAAAAUAUGUUUUCAAAACUCUGGGCAACAUAUGAAAUGAAUUUUUGGGAACGCAAAGUUCACGGAGCAUUUAAGUGUAAUUUGACCUUUCUGACUUGACAGAUAAGAGGUUCGGAGCGACACAAAUCAAUCCUCCAACAAAUGUUUCAGCCAAAAUACGUUUAAUUUAAGCAAUCUCAAGUCCCACAGUGAUACAUAGAUGUCUUAUAUACUUUAGGUGGAAAGUUUCACACCAUUUUCUUCAGCCGUGAAUGAAGAACUCUUACCCUAGCCUUCAGGUGCAUUAUUUGAACUCGCCUCGUCAAUGUAAGCAUUUGGGUCAAUUGAAGUUCUUAGCCGAAACAGCAAAGUUUUCAAAAUCUACACCAAUUAUCUAUCCUUUCUAGUAUAUAAAUAUAAUCAGGUCUACAAUUUGUUUGUUUGUACCUAAUGUGUCCUUGUUUGACUUCAUUUCUACAAUGAAACUGAGACAAACCACAGCGAAAUUCCCGCUCUCUCGACAUGUCACUUGCGACGUGAAAGAGCCGUUUUAGACUCGAUCGCAUUACGUAAACAUGACGCAGUGAUUAUUUCUGAUUGUGUGAAAAAAAAUUCAAUCUCUAACCUACAUGUUAUAGGUAUGCCAUUGAAUGAGCAGACAAUUUCAUUUUUUUUCUUACCAUGCAGUUUUACCGAUAGCAGGCUUGUGAUCCCCAAGCGUGUCUAUUAAACCGCGAUUCUUUCUUGUUUUUGUUGAUAGAUCUGUCAGCUUAGGAAAUCACCUAAUAAGUUUCGCAGUUAUUCUGCAACACGCUAUUAUGGCCUAUCAUGUACAAAGAGUUUAUAUAGUAAAAAAGCACGAGUUAGAAAAUCGUGCUACCCAUGUAUCUUGCCCUUGCGACACCAAUUCUUUGAUAGUGCACUCUCCAUGGUCUAAGCGACCGUAAAAUUCCAAAAAUAAGCCCUGGGGCUUAUAUUUUCCAAAGGCCCUUUUUUGGAGGGGCUUAUCUGUGGACGGAUAUUUGCGUUUCAAAAUCGAUUGGGCUAGCCUGGAAUUAAAUGUACCGUUUUUGCUUUGUUGUACUUUGUAUUUGAGGGCAAUUUUCCAAGUACAAGCCCCCGGGGGGCUUAUAUUUGGAGGGGCGAUUUAACGGAGGGUUUUUUGCGUUACCGAUUUGAGGGGCUUAUAUUUGGAGUGGCUUAUACAUGGUGGGUCUUAUUUUCGGAAUUUUACGGUAGUACACUUGUACUUACUGUACGACGAUAUUUACAGCAUGCGAAUAUGGAUAACUAGUUUUAGGCGAUUUUUGGUACAAGUACCAAAUACACGAGCGUAGAGUACAGGUUCGCAUCGGGAGUUCAACACCGCCGGCAGGCAAGGUACAUUUUAAAUCUUACUUUAAGCUGUCCACCAAUUGCACUUUUGUGGCCAUAAGGCAGGUAAAAAUUAUGAUAAAAAUACCUGUUAUCUCCAACGCUGUUUUAUCUUUAAUGAAUGGGGUUCAAAAGCGUGGGACGGUUGUUUGCAAGGUAACCCUAUAAAUGUAUUACACUCUAUAAUGCGUUUCUGACUAUUAUUAUUAUUACUACUAUUAUUAUUAUUAUUAUUAUUAUUAUCAUUAUUAUUAUGAAACAAAGUAUUAAAUAUAUUAUUAUUAUCGUUAUUAUUGUAAUCCAACUCAAGCAGUUAGCAAGGGUGGCAGAGUUGGUUUAGUGUGUGGCCCUCGGUGCGCGAGGUCCCGAGUUCGACCCCCGGUGACAUCACAUCCUUGUUUCAACUUCUCUCCUUUCUGUGUAGCUUUGACUAGAUAUAAAUGCCCUUAAAACGGAGCAUUGAUGGAGAGAGAGAGGGAGGGAGAGGGGGGGAUAAAAUAUGCGCACCGUCGACCUCAAGUUGAUCAGUUAUUACUGUCAUGAGUUAUCGACAUUAAAUAUGGUUGCUUUACCCUUUUUUUUAGAAAUUAUGAAGCGGACGCUGUUUGGCUUAGCCUACACAGCAUUCUAGGCCGCGCAAGGAAAAUACGCGAAUGGGAGGAGAGAACUCCUCUUCUUUUCUCUCAUCGUGCGUCUUCGACAUUUCCUCUUUCGCCCUGGUAUGUUGCAGAAUUGACUGUAAAGUGGCGCUCAACCGAUCGGUUGCUCUCUCCUAUGCGCACGUACUGUGUGCUCGGUUAUUGUGUAAUUUUCGGUCCUAGGAUUUUUUUUUUGGCUUCCUAGGGAAACUGAUAAGUCUGUGCUAAUAAAACUGCAUGGUAAAAAACAAAAAAAAAAAAUGAGAUUGUCUGCUCAUUCAAUGGCAUACCUAUAACAUGUAGGUUAGAGAUGGAAUUUUUUUUCACACAAUCAGAAAUAAUCACUGUGUCAUGUUUACAUAAUGCAAUCGAGUCUAAAACUGCUCUUUCACGUGGCACGUGCCAUGUUGAGCGAGCGGGAAUUUCGCUGUGGUUUGUCUCAAUUUCAUUGCAGAAAUGAAGUCAAACAAGGACACAUUAGGUACAAACAAACAAAUUGUAGACCUGAUUAUAUUUAUAUACUAGAAAGGAUAGAUAAUUGGUGUAGAUUUUCAAAACUUUGCUGUUUCAGCUAAGAACUUUAAUUGACCCAAAUGUUUACAUUGGCGAGGCGAGUUCAAAUAAUGCACCUGAAGGCUAGGGUAAGAUUUCUUCAUUCACGGCUGAAAAAAGUGGUGUGAAACUUUCCACCUAAUGUUUAUAAGACAUCUAUGUAUCACUGUAGGACUUGAGAUUUCUUAAAUUAAACGUAUUUUGGCUGAAACAUUUGUUGGAGGAUUGAUUUGUGUCGCUCCGAACCUCUUAUCUGUCAAGUCAGAAAGGUCAAAUUACACUUAAAUGCUCUGUGAACUUUGCGUUCCCAAAAAUUCAUUUCAUAUGUUGCCCAGAGUUUUGAAAGCAUAUUUUGAAAGCUUAGAGAUUGCUUUUUAAUGUGAAAUGUCUUUUUCUGCUUAAAAUCAUGUAUCGGGUGUGAUUUUAGGCCUUUGAAAUUUGACAAUAUUUUGCUAGCGUAAAAUCUUUAAAAUUUUGUAAAUAUUUAAAAAUUCAUAAAAUAUUCCAGUUGCAAUCAAUUCAAGAACAUGACCACUCGAAACGUGUAUUAAAACCCGUUUAAUACGAUAAGAAGCUUUUUGGGUUGCAUGAUACCUGAAUUCGAUUGAAAUCGUGGUCUUUUUGUAGCCACGUCUAGAGGCCCGAAAAAGCGGUAUGGAGGAGGCCGUCAAUCGCCCGAAAUUGGCAUUCGCCGUAUCGCCAAAAUAUUUACCCAAUGAAACUAAAAUUUAUAUUUUCAUAACUAGAAUACCCAGGGUAGUCUACAUAAUUUUUGGGGGGUUUUUCAAAAAUUUUAUUUUUCCCACCUCUGGUCGAUAUUUACAGACAUCUGCUCUUAAACAUUCUAACUUUUUAAUUAACACACUGUAUCUCUUCUUUGUGUAUUGUUACAGAUAAGAAAAUUGACAUGCUUUAGUUCAAACUAUCAACUACGAGAGCUGUAUUUGCAAGAUAACUUGAUGAUGGAGCUAAAUGGUUGUUUAAAGCACUUGACUUGUCUUCAGGUGUUGCUACUAAAUGGAAAUCAGUUGUUAAAACUUACUGAUGUUGUUCAUGAAUUGAGAGCCAUGCAGUGCCUCAAAAAACUUAGUAAGUGCAAUGUCAUUUGCUUUGGUGCUUCUAAUAAGGUUAGUAUUGAUCAAGGAUGAUUUUGUGACAGUUACUAGUUUUGGGGGGGCUUGGUACAAUGCUGACAUUUUUUUGAGUGUUAAUAAACUGGUUUUCCAGUACAUACACUAGCUGGCCUUGAAGCCUGUGUGGCUGCCAUUCAGGCUUUUGACCAUGAUAGAAAUUUUACCUUGAAGCUCAAGACUGUUUAGAACUGGAAGUAUCUGGAAUUCUGUCCCCUAUUGUGUAAAACACUGCAUGUAAUGACCCUUGAUGCAUAUUAACAACUUAAACUUUAUAGUUGGUGACAAACAGUUCAACAUUUUGUUGAUCGACAGAUUUUUCCCAUUCUCAUUGUUAAGCACCAAGUUGCAAAAUGUUGAACAGAGUACGUAGAACCCAUCUCUACAUUUAUUUCUUCUUAACAUGUGGACUAUGGUCUAAUUUAAAAUUCAGCAGGGUGUCAUGAACAAGCGUAGCUGUAACAUUUGUUGAUCAACAAAAUGUUCCAGUGUGUGUAUCUUCAACUCUAAGAGUACUGAUAACUUUUUUUAAAAUACAUGUACCUCUACCUGUAAGCUGCUUUUGCACUAAUAUUGUAAAAUAUUUUCAUAGAUCUUUUUGGUAAUCCAUUGGCUCAAGAAUAUGACUACAGAUCUUACGUAGUACAUCAUCUUCCCUCUGUUGAGUUACUGGAUAGGAAAGGUGUGCAAUAAACAGAAUAUAGUGUAAAUUGUCUUUCUUCCAUUUUUAAACUUCUUUGACUAGUUAUCAGUCAAGUUAUCAGUGUAAUAGCCAGCUGUAAAUAAUUUAUAAAUUCUUUAAACUGGGGCAACGUCAGAAAAAAAACUCUUUUAAUGUACAAUCAACUCCCUUUACAGCAGACACUUUAGGGAGCUCAAAUUAGUUCCUUAUUAGCCAGAGUCUGUAAUAAAUAAGGAGUUUAUUUCAGUCAAAUGUCUAUAAUUUAAUUUUACCUGGGAUUUAGUUGCUGUCCAUACAUGUAUUUCUUUCCCCAUGCUGGCAGCCAUGCUUGUUUUCCAGUCUCAGUCCAAAAUCAUCUUAUUUACCAUAAUGAUCUACUGGAUGCCUCCUCAAAUAAAUGCCUCCCAUACGCUUUUAAGUUUGUAUUAGACACCCUUCUCUAAUUAGUGCCCCCUUUCUCAUAGACACUUCAAUGACAAUUACCCAAAAAUACCAGGAAAUAGCAAAAAGGAGCAUAAUCAUGCCAUUUACACUGUAGUCAUUAAUUCUUGCUUGAUUAACAAAGGUUUGAACAUUACAUAUUUUUCAAUGUCAAGUUCAAAGAAAGGAUAGGUUAAUGAUGACAGGUUAAUGACCCUUAAUAAGGAUUCAGGCAUCGAGGUUGAAUAGUUUUGCAUGUUGAGCUUGCUACAGUUAUCAGAAUAAACGUCCCUCAUAUGUAUCAUUUUCGGUACUCAUUUUCAUGUUUUCAUCUCAAAUUUGACGUUACCUUAACACAUGUUAAUACUUACUUGAUAUCUUCACUGAAUGUCAAAAUAAUUUGUUUUUUUGGAACGUUUAGAAAUAACUAAAGAAGAAAGGGACAAGGCUCGAAAAAAAUAUGAGCCAGAAAGAGAAAAGGUAAAAGAGUCUGUGGCAUUUGGUCGGAGAGCAGAUGGUCCACCAAAGAGAGUCUACGCUCCUCCGCCUUCUGCAACAUUUGAAAGCUUGGGUUUUGAUCAAGGUAGGUAACGUUAGUUGUCUCUCUUGAUGAUUGAAAAAAAUACCUUUUUUUUAUUUUAUUACCUUCGCCUAUUACACGAAACAGAGAGAAAAAGAAAAAAUAAAGGAUAAUGAAGAUAAACUGAAACAAAGAAUGAUAAAUGCUUAAUUAGGGAUAUCACAACAGCGGUAAGCCAAUUACAGUGGUCCCAGAGUUCAAAAAAUAUUUUAAUAAAACAAACACUAAAGCAACAAGAUUGGACAAGAUUAUAACGAUUAAAAAAAACGACGAAGAUGGACAGACACAUUACGUGAAAUUUUACAUAGUGGACAGAUGGAUCGUGGGUCCUUUGGGUCGUAAUUAUGUUCUAAGGCGUCUACAUAGUACUUACCAGUAUACUCGAUGGAUUUGAAUUGACUGAUCUGAAGGUUGCAUGAAAGUUGAAGGUCGUUUGUUAAGGUGUUCCAGAUUCUAGCGUUUCUAUUAAAAAAGAUCUCUGAAAGGUGACAGUAUUACAUCUCCCUGAAAUAAAGUGAGUGAGUAACAUUAGGGUUACUGUUAGAUCUGGUAGUGCGAGUAACUAAAACUUGAGGAAGAACAGAAGGACUAUCUUUAACUGUGCCAGUUACAACUUUGAAGAAGAAAAUCGUCUAAAAACUUGUGCUAAUAGGAGAUAGCUAAUAAGUUAAGUUUCGUGAGCCUGUCCCUAUCUGUUUUGUCACAAAUAAAUGGAAGAUCCAGAAUAUACUUUGUAUUGCGCCUCUCGACGCACUCGAGGUUUCGAAUCAGAUCUUUAGACUGCAGAGUCCAGACUUGCGUAACAUAGCCAAGAGAGGAUCUUACUAGGGUGAGGUAUGCCGAGCGUCUAACCGUAAUGCUUUUGACGAGUCUAGUGUAAUCCCGGGGGAGGGGUACUUUAGGAAUUUCUGGGUGGGGAUGUGCCGCUGGGACCCUGGAACCCUUAACCUAUACUAGAGCUAGUUCAGCUGAAUUUUGCUACCCUAUACUAGAGUAAACUCCCCAAAUCCCCCUAUCCUAGAGUAGCUGUUUACCUAGUCUAGAUAAAAUCUUCAACCAACUGAUCAGUUUCCUGAAAAAUGACACCCUAUUCUAGACCCAAACGCUCUGAUUUAUAUACCCUAUCCUAGAGUAAACUGCUUGAAAACCAUACCCUUCACAGCGGCACAUACCUAUAUAGCCCAUAUAUGGCAGUAACCCCCUCCCCCGGAUUGUAAUAUAACGCUGAACCUGUGUGAAUUAUAAUAAAGAUUACCAAGAAGGAAAUCAAAAAAAUUAUUGUAACUUUUCAGUGCUUGUGAUGUAACAAAAAUUUGUGAUCUUAAAAGAUCAGUUUCUGUGUAAUAAGCUUGUAAGAAGCAGUUAUUUGACCACAUCACGUAUUUUAACGUAGUACGUAUGGACGUAGAUGCAAAAGUCUUACAUGUAGACGUCCGCAUAAUAGGUUGCUUUUGACUUUCAGCCUAGACAGAUGCUUGCCUUCGAAUACAGUUGCCUCUCCUCGCUCCUCGACUGGCGGCGAGGAGCGAGGAGGAACGGCUGUAUUUGCAGGCUUGGCAGAUGCUUUAUCUAUUUUAAACCCAUCUGUUCCCAUGGUCACAUUAAGAAGUCUUUAAGAUGUUUAUGCCUGUCGUCCUUCUCAAAAUGUCACUUUAGGUGACUUUACAUCUUUGAACUAUUUCCUUUUAUUUUACGUAGAGGGCUAGUUCGGCAUUUUUUGACUGAUGCAUGGGUUUUUUUUGUGAUUCAGAUGAUCAGGACGAGCAGGAAAGUAGAAUAUCUGAGAGCAUCACAAGGUUGGUAUUACAGCUCCUAAGCUGGAUAAUUGUGCCUGUUUCUGCUGUUGUAUGAACACUUUAGUUUACUUAAGGUACGGAAAAACAAGCGACAAAAAACAUGCAACUUAGUUUUCCAACAUUGCUGCAAAACGAGUUGAAAAGCGACGUUGCGUGUUUUCCCACCCACGUUCAAACUUGUCAACAACCUGAAUGGGUGCCAGACAUGUUUGACGAGGGUGGUAAAACGUUCAAUGUCGCUUUGCAAUUCGUUUUGCAGCAAUGUUGCAAACAAGUUGCACGUUUUUGUCACCCGUUUUUCCGUACCUUUAGUACCCGUUAGAUUUUCUGAUUGAGUAGAUUCACAAUCAACUAGCAGUUAUAGCUGCCCCAUACUGACUAGCCAACUUUGACAAAAUUGCCUAGCACAGUAAGAAUGCCGUCGACAAGCUUGGCGCGGGUGUGAUAACACGAUAACAGUGUUAUAACUUGAAAUUUGAAGAACAUUGCAUUCAUGACUUUUAUACGCGUGCACAUUGCAUGGAAAUCAAAAUCGCAACAAUGACAACAAGCUCACCUUUUGCCUCCCGUCCAUAAGUACCAAACAUUAAGGAUUCCAGACUAACUCGAAAUAAAAGCCAGCCGGUCUCACUCUGUGAGCACAUUUAACUUACUAAGAGUGGAGCAUCGAAAAAGGUUCCACACUAGAGCUGACACGAGCGAAAGCAAAAAGAUGAGGGCGUCACCACGUGAGUACUCGCGUUGAAGCGAGGCUAAUACUGAAACCGAGGCAAAUGUGUGCUAAAUCAUUCCUUUAGAUUGGGAUUUCUUUCUCUUUCGUCGAACGCAUCAAUAGAUGUGAAUUUUGUCCAGUUUGCCAUUUCGCAUUAGAAACGUUAGGUGAUGGUAAAGAACACCGCAAAAUGAUAGCUUGACUUGUAACAAGUAUGAACUUGUUUGGCAGUGAUAAUGGAAACGUUCUGGAGGAAGCUAUUAAAAGACGUGGACUUCAGCGCUCAGUCAUGCAGUACUCUACAUUUGAUUGGUCAUCAAUACCUCUGUCCCAAGAAAGAAGACUUGCACCAGAAAGUAUCCCAGAUCAACCGCGAAUACUUACAGUUCGCUUUAGGUAGACAGGACUUCUUGCGCUUCCCAGGCCAUAUCUCAGUGCUACUUAGUGCAAUUACUGCCGUCCGUGUUUUCAGAAUAGAAGCCUCAGAGAGAAAUUGGAUGCUUUGUAAAAAUGUACAAAAGUAUUUUAAAUAUUUUUUGCAAUGGCUGGAUCAAAUAAUGUAAGUACUUAUGAUUUGUAUGCUUAGAUUUUUCGAUCACUUUAAUCACCUGGAGAGGCCUUAUAACAGAAGAUCAUGAGAUUUGUUAAGAAUGACAAAGGAGCUGAUAACCGUAAUAGGUGGUCGUAUGUUAAAUGGUCUGAAACUUUGACAGUAGGUGUCAUGAUACUAUUUACAGUUUACUGUAACAUACAGACCUUGUACAUCAAACGCAUCAGAUGGGAGACUUUUCCACAUACGUACAUUGCAUCAGUACAACGGCCAAAAAAGUGUAGUUAUAAGGAUCGACAAGUGUUGGUUAAAGCCUGUAUGUCUUUUAUGUUCUAAAAGAGUCAAAAGGUCUGUCAGUGCUUCUCUCUUAAUUGCGGCAAUGACCACUUCUGACAGUAUGCAAAAAAUCUCCAAAAUAUUCCGUAAGUGAGGCUUUUGAUAGCAUCGUCAGAUACGUUAAUGAAUACAAGAAAGGAAAAGCAAAGGUAAAUUACCAGUUCUGAUAGUCACACGGUCCAGACCGCGAAUGACCUGGACCUACGAAGAAUCAGGCUUAAGGUAGAUAGAAUUUGAAAGAAAUGUGAAAAUUCGACGAAGAAUUAUAAAGGACGUAUAAAAUAAAACAGUUCCUCAUAACAAGUUUUGCCUUGGGUUUAUCUUUUUGAAAAUUGAUUCAGUAGUUUAAAUUACUAGAAUUAUCGCCAUUACCGUACGUCCUUCAGGGGCACCCUUUGCUGCUUCGCGAGCAUUCAUAUGAGACAGAAAUAACAAAACAGCAAAGACAAAAGCCACGUGAGGUUUCCCGAUGUUUCGGAC